AAUCCCGGGUGUUUCAGACAAAGCUGAUGUCACAAGGAAGGAGGGACAGUGCUGAAGUGAUGCUCUGGCCCAAAAUACAUCACCAGGGAGGUAAAAGCUGAGCCAUAAUAUCUACUGCAGGCCUGAUACUGCAAUGACCAGGGCAGUGCUCAGCUCCUGCAGCAUGUCGUUGACACCAGACUGUGGGACUGGGCUCACGGAGGUGGCUGGCAUCAAAGCACCUUGUCUCAGGGGAACCCCCGGGGUGCAAACCCCUGAGUCGGACCUGGCUCGGCUGUGUCUUGGGCAGCGUCACCCCAUGAGGAGCCAGGAGCCAGCGGUCACGGUGACGCUGUGGUGGUGAUGUCUCUCUCUCUCCCCACAGUGAAUCCCUGUUGCUAUUUCCCCUGCCAGCACCAAGGGGUGUGUGUGAGGGUCGGCCUGGGAGGAUACGAGUGUGACUGUACGCGCACGGGAUACUUCGGGGCCAACUGCACCUCCCCCGAGCUCUGGACGCGCCUCCACAACCUGCUGAAGCCCAGUCCUGCCUUCUACCACUUCGUCCUGACCCACUUCAAGUGGUUUUGGGACAUCAUCAACAGCACCUUCAUCAGGGACACGCUCAUGAGGCUUGUGCUCACAGUUCGUGCCAAUCUCAUCCCCAGCCCUCCCACCUACAACUCUGACUACGGCUACAUCAGCUGGGAGGCCUACGCCAACGUCAGCUACUACACCCGCGUCCUCCCGCCCGUGCCGGACAACUGCCCGACACCCAUGGGGACCAAAGGUAGGCGGCUGGCCCGGGGGGGCUGGCACUGUGUGGUGCCAGGUGUGGGGCUGAGUUGCUGGAGUAGCACCCUGAGUCCGUUCCCGGCGCAGCAUCAUUGUUUUCCACCCGCCUUGAGGAGGGGGAGCGGGGUGUGCACGGCCUUUUGGAGCCGCCUCGAUGCCAGGCUCUCUCGGCAGGUCGACCUCGGGCACUUGUAUGGGGACAACCUGGAACGGCAGCACCAGCUGCGACUCUUCAGAGACGGGAAGCUGAAAUUCCAGGAGGUGGAUGGAGAGGUGUAUCCCCCCAUGGUCACUGCUGCUCCGGUUCACAUGGUCUACCCGUCUGCCAUCCCCAAAGAGAAGCAGCUGGCGAUGGGGCAGGAGGUGUUUGGGCUGCUGCCGGGGCUCUGCAUGUACGCCACGCUCUGGCUGCGUGAGCACAACCGCGUCUGCGACGUCCUGAAACGGGAGCACCCCACCUGGAGCGACGAGCAGCUCUUCCAGACGGCUCGGCUCAUCCUCAUCGGGGAGACCAUUAAGAUCGUCAUUGAAGACUAUGUCCAGCACCUCAGCGGGUACUACCUGAGCCUCAAGUUCGACCCCGAGCUGCUGUUUGGGACGCAGUUCCAGUACCGGAAUCGCAUCGCGGUGGAGUUCAACCAGCUCUAUCACUGGCACGGGCUGAUGCCCGACUCCUUCAUCAUCCAGGGGGAGGAGUACAGCUACGAGCAGUUCCUCUACAACACCUCCAUGCUGAUGGACUACGGCGUGGAGGCGCUGGUGGAAUCCUUUUCCAAGCAGACUGCAGGCAGGAUCGGUGGGGGACAAACCAUCAACGCUAAUGUCUUGGAAGUGGCCAUUGGGGUCAUCAAGGAAUCCCGGCAGCUGAGGCUACAGCCGUUUAACGAGUAUCGGAAGAGGUUUGGCAUGAAGCCCUACAAGUCCUUUCAGGAGCUAACAGGAGAGGAAGAGAAGGCGGCAGAGCUGGAAGAGCUUUAUGGAGACAUUGAUGCUCUGGAGUUUUAUCCGGGUUUGCUGCUUGAGAAACCCCAACCCAAUGGUAUUUUUGGGGAAAGCAUGGUGGAGAUCGGAGCUCCGUUUUCGCUGAAAGGGCUUCUUGGAAACCCCAUCUGCUCCCCAGAGUACUGGAAACCCAGUACGUUCGGUGGAGCAACCGGCUUUGAGAUAGUUAAGACGGCGUCUCUCGAGAAGCUCGUGUGCCUCAAUGUGAAGAAGUGCCCCUACGUGGCGUUUCGUGUGCCGGAUGCCGCGGAAAACGGCAGCCCUCGAGGUGGUGGAUCAUCUACUGAGCUCUAGCACCAGGACAGCCUGCCCAGGGAGCAGCGGGACACAGAGACCUGCCCACCCCUGUGCCAACAGGAGCAGGACAGACGAUGGUCCCAUCCUGGGCAUCCUGCACACCAGCCCUCAAGGAGAGGCUGGUACCAGCUCUGUGAAAAGCUCAAGUGCCUCAGAGGUGUGGCUGCCACCACUGCCCUCAGCAGACUCAGUUCUUUUGCUAAUGAAUACCUUGCACUAAGCCAGCUUUGGGGUUCCCCAGGGGACGCCCGUCUCCCCGGGAUGCUCAGGAUUCCCCUGUGCUUUGUCACUCUCUGUCCCCGCUGCUUUCCAGCACCAGGCCACCAGCAGCCCCUCUUCUGCAGGGCUUCCCUGCUCGGGCCAGAGGAGCACAGAGCCCAGGGAGCCCUCGCAGUCCGUCCACCCCAGCCUGUCCACAGCCAGGCACAGCCAAGACACGGCCAAGAAGAAGGAACCAAAGCAGCAUUUCUGCAGGAGGAGACGCGGGGAGAAGCAUCAGAUCAGACCUCCCAGUCCUCCUGUGUCUCCCACCCGCUGGGUGGGACCCCGGCACCGCUGCCUGCCAAUGCUGGGCUGCUCGGAGCAGGACGCUACCUCUGUGCAAACACAGCGGUGAAGUCUCUUCUAUCCUACGAUCAUUACACUUCCCUGCAUUAAUAGCUCAGCAAACGGCAUCCCCAAGGCACACAGAGCUUGUUUCUGCCCUCCUCCAGAAACGCACGCAGAUGUCAGCCCUCGCUGACAUGAUGACAUGGUAGCUGGCAGCCACUGUCAGUGGCCUUGAUCCCCAUCAGAUCCCGGUUCACCUCCAGCAAAAUGGACAUUUAAAAUAAUAAAUGAUUUUAAAAACUCCUCUUAUUUCCUCCAGCCAGUUUC